AUGGUUAUGAUAUCGGAGAUUAAGUCGACGACGGAGACCACGGCGGCGAAUUGCUUGAUGCUUCUAUCGAGAGUCGGGCAAGAAAACGUCUACGGUGGAGAUGAAAAACGCGUUUUCACAUGUAAGACGUGUUUGAAGGAGUUUCACUCGUUCCAAGCCUUGGGAGGUCACCGUGCGAGCCACAAGAAGCCUAACAGUGAGAGUCUGUCUGGACAGAUGAAGAAGGCUAAAGCCUCGUCGUCGCAUCCUUGUCCGAUUUGCGGAGUGGAGUUUCCUAUGGGACAAGCUCUGGGAGGACACAUGAGGAGACACAGGAACGAGAGUGGAGGCAGCGCCGGCGCGUUGGUUACACGCGCGUUGUUGCCUGAGCCGACGGUGACGACGUUGAAGAAGUCGAGCAGUGGGAAGAGGGUGGCUUGUUUGGAUCUGGGUUUGGGGAUGGGGGAGAAUUUGAAUCUCAAGUUGGAGCUUGGAAGAACAGUUUGUUGA